AUGAUCAAAGAGGCAAUUGUUGAGAAGCUUGACACCAAGAGCCUGAGUUCUGCCUCUAAUAGACUCUGUAUCGCAGACUUGGGAUGCUCAGUUGGGCCAAAUACUUUCUUUGCUGUGCAAAACAUAAUAGAUGCCAUAGAAAACAAGCACAAAUCUGAAUAUGAUGGUUCGCAUAAGCUUGAAUUUCAGGUGUUCUUCAAUGAUCAUGCAUCCAAUGAUUUCAACACCCUUUUCACUUCUCUCCCACUUGAAAGGCAAUACUUUUCAGCAGGAGUGCCAGGCACCUUCUAUGAUCAGCUGUUUCCAUCAUCUUCCAUCCAUUUUGCACAUUCGUCUUAUUCACUGCACUGGCUCUCUAAGGUGCCAGAAAAGUUGCUUGACCAAAAUUCUUCUUGGAAUAAGGGGAAAAUACACUGUGCAGGUGCCUCGGAUGAAGUAGUCAAUGCUUAUGCAGCUCAAUUUGAAAAGGAUAUGGGGAUUUUCCUAAAUGCAAGAGCUAAAGAGAUCGUACCAGAAGGCAUGAUUGUACUUAUCAUACCAGGUAUCCCUGACGAGGUGCACCCUUCCGAGCUACCUGCUGGCAUUCUGUUCAACUUCCUUGGAUCCAGUCUUGUGGAUAGGGCUAAUGAGGGAAUCCUCAAUGAAGCUCAAAUCGAUUCCUUCAACUUACCAAUUUAUUCUGCAUCUCCAAAGGAGAUGGCUUCGCUGGUGAAGAUAAAUGGUUGUUUCAGUAUUGAAAGCAUGGAGGGUUCAAGGAAGGCACGCAAUUGUUCAUUGUCCUCCAGCUUAAGUGAGAUGCAGUCUUGCAUGAUCUGCAUGCUGAUAGCUUCUCAUACAGAUUUUAUUUCAGUAACAGACAUACAAUGA